AAAUCUGGCAGCCUCAAACUCAAGACGCUUUUUCUCUCCUCCAGCUUCAUGUUCAUGUGCCAAUGGCGUCCAUUUCCUCGGACCGUUACAGAGAGCUCUAUGUGUGAAAUUGUGCGAUGUAGCUCGUCUUAUGUUGUUGAAGUUUACUGAAAAUUCUUGUGGCUGAAAACAGUUUUCAUGCAUUACACGGUUACGUGUUUGUGAAGUGAGACAUCCUCCUGUUAUCUAAAUGCCGCUGUGUUGACUGAAAUCAAAAAAGAUGCCUGAAUUACCUCUAGAUGUGGCGGUUGCGAAUCGAUUUAUUUCGAGUUUGAGCAAAUCCUUGCAAGCUUUAUGUCAUGGCUGCAUGGAUUUUGAUUCGGGAAUUGAAAUUGUUGGCUAUAUCAAUGUUAACAUUGACUGUGGGAGCAAAGUGGACUAUGUGUUGAAUGAAAAAGUGCUCAAAAGCACCACAAAUUCCAUGACUUUCGUGAGCAAUAGCUUCUUAGCAAAAAAAGAUCAACCAAAACAGACACGCGACGGGUCAUGUUCCCCUGUUGCGGAAUUGCAAGUGCAGUCAUUCCCUUCAUCUAGUCGUCAUCGAGGUGCUCAUCCGUAUCCCGGUGCUCUACAUCACAGAUCUGCCUUUCCUUAUUCACAAACCCAUGCUUUACGCGGUGCUCAAAAGCGAGCAUGGAGUGGGAUGGAAAGAGACUGGAGGGCCUCUCCCAGGAAACAUUCUCGUGGGGGGAGAGGCUCUUACCCGUUACCUCAUGAACAGCCAUACGGUGGCAGCUCAUCGCAUACUUCCUCAUUUGAAACACAAUCUUCACAAGUUCCCAGUACAUCUGAUUCAUCAUUCCUUCAACCAGAAAUCCCUGUUUCAAAUAGUGGUGUAAAUAUUAAGAAAGAGUUAUUUGAUUCUGAAGACCAGAGUGGUGCAGGACAAAGUGAAGCUGGCGUGGCAGGAGAAAGUGAAGGUGGAAAUGGUGACAGUUCAUUAGACAGCAAACUCAAUAUUAAAGCAGACCCUGAUGCUGUGCCGGAAAGUGAAGGAGAUCCAUCUGCCGGGCCAUCAGAAGACGCAAACACUGACCUCAAAGACACUUUUCUUCAGCAGUCAGGUGAAGAUGCUGAGCAGCCAGAGCCUGGCGACUCAGCUCAAGAUGCAGAAGGUGAAUUUCCCUCGUUCGAUAUGGCUCAGUCCGAGUCAGCAGCUGACAAUGGUCAGACUAUGUCGGAAGAUACUACUGCUGGUGCUGAACAAACUGAUGAUAAUGUGACUGCUGAGAACUCAGAAGCGCCUGCUGAAUAUGAUGAGGCUGGGGACGACAUGUCUUAUCCCCAGUCUUCAUAUGCAGAGCAAGGCGAAGGUUCAGGUGAUGGUGGUCAGUUCGAGGUGAUCGAGAUCGAUGAUGAAGACGAAGAUGUUCAAGCUAUGUUUGGAGAUGCUCAGCGCAAAUUAACAGCUGAUUCAAGAACUUUGUAUCAUGGCAUAACUCCUCCAGUUAAUUCGCAAGAAUUGAUAGCUUAUGACAGACCGGAGCUGACCUUUUCAGAAUCAGAAAGUCAGAAAUACGUAGGAGGGCAGCAUUCGGAACAGUUGCAGUGCCCCUUUUGCCCUGUCAUUUCACCCCUUAUGUACAUGCAUAGACAACAUAUCUCUACUUAUCACGGCAACUGUUUGCCAUUUUCUUGUUCUGUGUGUGGAAAAGGUUUUUUUAGUCAUUCAGGCCUUGCCCAUCAUAAAAAGAGCCACAGUGGACGGAAAUAUCAGUGCGAGUUUUGUGACUCCAAGUUCCUGCUCAAGCAUCAUUUGAAAGAGCAUCUUAGAAGAAUCCACAAAAUGAUGUUUUGAAGUUGCUGACUGAGACUGUGCUGUUUCCUGUUCAGCUUAUAUUAUACUUGCUUCUUCCCAGAUUUUGACUGAACGAUUAACUGCUCUUUUUUUUUUUUUAAAGUUUGAAUUAUGCAAAGGCAGGGUUUAACUGAUUAAUUGUGUAUCACUAGUGUAUCAGCUUGUUGUAGGAUCGUGUUAUUGUUCAUAUUAUAGGCCACUAGUCAUGCCGUGACUAGAGUUGGUUUUGCUGUUACAAGCAGUUGUUGCUGUCUUUCUCUUACCUGACUGGAAUCUCAUAGGACUGUUUUGCUUUUCAGAGGAUUUCGGUAGAGGGCAAAAGUGUGCAAAGGAUCGGCAGAAUGAAACUACCUCUAGAUCUUAUUCCCAGCACACAGUGAUGGGUCCGUCCAGCAACCGCUCCCCUAUCACGUUCUCGUGUCACCUGUGUGGGGACGUGUUCCCUAGUAGCCAACACGUUGGCCGCCACUUGGCGCAAGCUCAUGGACAUACUCCUUUUGUUUGUAAACUUUGCGGGAAAGGCUAUGUUAGUACCUCUGGGCUGUAUAGGCACAUGCAAGUUCACAAAGGGACCUACCAUGCUUGUCCCAUUUGCGACAAAAGAUAUACGCAGACUGCCACGCUGAAGAGGCAUAUGGCUUUUGUUCACAAUUUUUUCUAGCUUGUUUUUUGUUUUAUUUGUGGCAGCAUCUGUUCUCUGCUCCAGUGCAUUGGGGAAAGAUAACAUUGAAAUUUAUUAAAGCAACUGUCCAGUUCUGCAUUUAGUGAAGCAACUGUCCAGUUCUGCCUUUAGUUUUUGCCAGUCAUAUUUACCAUGCAUCUUUGGGCAAUGUUGUGGUUUGUUUUUUACUUCAAUUGCACAAUGACCCUAGUUGUGGCCUGAAAUUGUUUUAAGGCUCCAGUUUUUUAAAAGACGAUAUGAUGCAUUAGUAACUGUAAGGCAAUGUAUACUUCAUUAUUGUUUGUACAAUUUUUGACACAUUGUUCUUUCUGUUAUUAAUUUUAAUGAAUGACUAAGUUAGCUGCCUUUGAUUUUCUGUUUUCCCAAAGUUAAAGUGAAGUUCAUUGUAUAAGUACCUGAUUUUGUUCUUGUUCUUGUUUUUACCGAUUGUAUUUGCUUCUGACACCUGUUAGAGUUUGUUUUUACUCCCUAAAGUAGAGGUGCCAUUUCUGCCGUGAUUAGAGGCCUGUAUUUUGUGGGUGGUCAAAAUGUCGACAGGUCCAACCAUGGACCGAGAAAGCAUUAUGGGAGAAAAGUUGAUUCUUUGUAAAGUAUCUCCACUUUGUUUAUUGUUAAACCAUCCAUUGUCUUGACCGGCAUGAGAGUCAUUGAUUUGACUUACUUGACAUGAUCCAUGCCAAGAUUUGUGGUGUUUGUGAGGGGGGUGGUAUGGAACACGUGAGAAUGAUUACUACUUUUAUAUAGAGUUUGGAAUUCAGAGCAUGAUUAUAACUUAAAAUUGCUUUGUUUGGCAGUUGUAUUUUAAUUCUUUUGCUCCAUCUAAUCAUUAGGAUAGAUCUGAAAGGUAUAAAACUUUAUUUUUGUUUCAGGCGAUCUCAAUUCAAGCCAAAUCUCAUCUGAUGGUAUUGCAGGCUAUAAUCAUGGUGGAAGAGCUUUUCAAUCGGAUUUGUUUAACCCAUACAUUGGGAAACUUGCGCCGUUCAAGUGCCGAAGUUGUCCAGCAGUUUUUUUUGAAAAAAGUCAACUCAAAAGUCACAUCUCAGAGCUUCACGGUCAUGAAAUGCCUUACACUUGUGCUUUGUGUGGGAAAGGGUAUAUGAGUUCUUCAGGUUUUAACCUGCACAUGCAGGUGCACGAAGGAAAGACGUAUGUGUGUCCUAUUUGUGAUUGCAAGUUAGCUCAAAAAAGUACCAUACGGCGACAUAUCCGGGUUGUUCAUAAGUCGUCGCAAUGUUUGUCCUGUGGGGAGAUAUUUCGCUUAGAGGAGUAUGAUCAGCAUGUUCAACGGUGUUACAAUAUUAGCUCAUAGAAACAAAGUAGUUUUUAGUUUCGGUCAUUGUGACCUCUAAUUUGAAAACUAAGCCGACAAAAGACAAAUGGUUAUUAGUCGGGUAAAACAUUGUGUUUUAGUACCGGUAUGUAAGAAGGUACACGUUGAAA